GUCUCAUGCUAUGCCGCUGCAGGAUUAGUAGCAGGAACUGCAACAGGUGGACUCGGUGCUCCAGCAGCAGCACUUCUAUGCAAUGUUGCACAAGAAACGUGUAUGGCAGCUUGCGCUGCGUCAUUCCUAACUCCAAUUCCUUAG